ACUUUUCUCAGUUGUACGCUAGACGGAGCUGUUUCAUAACCUUUUCCCGAGUCGAGCCGUGGUGAAGUGACUAUCCUAAUCAUCCCUCUGACCUCAAAAUCGCAAAAAAGGGAAAAUGUUCUUGUCAGCCUGAGUGAGUGGUAAAAGUGGAGCCUUCUAGAUAGUUUCCAACAACUGAACCAAGAAAAUGUGACAAUUUAAGGAAGAAAAUGGAGCCCACUAGUGGUAAUUGCAGUUCACAAGCGUCCACUACGCCAGAAAAGUGAAGUGAAAAUGUGAAUUUUAACCCCAAAGAGAAGAAUGUUUGUGUACUAAAUUAUCGAUUUUCCCUCGAACGUAACUCGUUGCUGUGAAGCACGAUUCUGAAAACUUGGGAAAAAUUGCAGUGUUGAAAGAUGUGCAUCGUUCUGGGAAAAAUGAUCCGUGAUUUGUCUGAAUAGAAAGUUAUUUCAUCCGACUGAAAAAAUCUAGAGCGAGUAAAUACACAGCAACAUGUCAACAUCCUGGCGAAUGUGUGCAAGGAUUGCCCCUUGAAGCCAAGCGCCGAUAAAACAGAUUAAAAGCGUCUGUAGAGAUUUCCGGGAAGCCAGCAAAUUCUACCACAAAACCCUGACCCGUCAGAAUAAAAAUUAAUGAACGUAAUUUAAUUUGCGAACGGCAACGCUGGCUGGCAAGCGAAAACAGCACACUUACACACAAAAAACAACAACACUUCAAAAGGAAAGGUUCGGUUGUUCAGCAGCGAGCGAGCGAGCGCGCCGCCGAAUAAUCAUGCUGCAAUAAAUUACGGCAAUUGAUUGAAAAGAUACGCCCGAGCAACGAGUCGGCGUUCUCCACAACCCCCCGCCCGGUGAGGAGUUGCAGUUUGGCGAAAAACAAUAGCCUCUUUACAGCACGCGCGAAGUGGGGGAAAAAGAGCCCGCAAAAAACACAUCCAAUAGCGGAGUUACAGAUGUGAGUGGGCGGUGCGGGUGACUGUGUGUGUGUUUGUGUGAAUAGCGCCAAUUCAGUGAACGAAACAUUCCGAAUGGUAGGAAGUGUAUUGAGGUUCAAGUGAAGGCCUACAAACAGAGUGUUGGUUAAAUAAUACACAUUCGUAGUAACCAGUACUCGAGCGGGUCUGUAAGUAUCCUGGCGGUUUGCCGUACGCUAGAAACCACCCACGGGGCGUUAUUCGGCUAGACGAUGAAUGAAUGAAAACAUAUCAAAUUGUUUAUUAAAAGCACGAAAUAAACCGACGUGGGAUGAUGUGAAGUGUACGUAUGCUGUAGGAAAGCACAGGUUUAGUUUUCGUGAAUAGUUUCAUAGUUCACACUAUUUUUAUUGUGAACAAGUGCGCAGGUGAACGAAUAAUUUCAAGUUGUAACUUGAGUAAAAUUUAAUUUAGUGAAAGCUUUUGCCCUGUCAUUUUCGGUGACGUUAGGAGUGUGGCAGUAGAAAAGCGUGCAAAAAUCAUUUUUCCAUGCAAUUUGUUUUAAGUUUGCGCCAGAAGGAGGGAGCCUCAGUUCAAGCCAUUUUUACUGGUACUAAAAUUGGCGAAAUAUUGCAGUUCCAGUUCCCAAACGAGUUCAUUGCAGAAUAGCAAUGAGACGUAAAAAAACUUUCAACUUUAAUGCCAAUUUGGCUGCAUCAAACUCAUCGGCAGAUGCCUCUGGGCUGCAGAAACGGCAAAAAACAUUUCCCGCUCAGUGACUGUAACUCAUCGUUAGUGAAUGUAUUUUUUUUUGUUCGGUGGAUGAAAACAAUUUCCUCACGCCAAAUUGGAUUCGAAUGGAACAAAUCGAACACGUGUCUCCAUAAAUCCUGCCAUUAAAAUAUCAAACAACACACGGUUCGCGAAGAGCGCAGUGAGGAGAACGAUCGUGAAACUGGUCCGGGUGCUGUAGAACUGCAGCUAUGGCACCGACCUCGUGCGGUCCUGGGAGGCCACCGCCCCUGAUCGGGCGGCCAAGAACAAUGCGGUCGACGGGGCCGGCGCGAUCGAUACUGGUUAACUGGCUCCUGUUGACAAUGAUGGCGUUGCUGGCUGUGGAUCUUCGGGUCGCCAAUGCUGAGAAAACGAAAGCUUAUCACAUGGAUUCAAUCUGUAAAAAUCACUUUCUACAACAAUUGUAUAGGAAAAUAGAUGGUGCUACCCUCUCAUCUAAGAACGAGAGAAACCUAAACUGUGUUAUUACAUUUCAAACACAUUCGAUACUGCAGAGAUUUAUGUUACGUUUCGAUAUGCUACAAUUAGACUGUAAUGAUCAUUUAUAUGUAUAUGAUGGAGCACAUGCUGUCGGUACACAUAAGGCGGAUUUAACUUGUAAGGACACAAAACAAUCAGUGGGUGCCCUGUUCACCAAGACGAACUUUCUCACCUUCAAGUACGUGACCGAUAACUGGGGCACGGAAACAAAUGGUUUCAAAAUGGUUAUCACCUCCGUCAAAGAUUCCAAAAUCAACUGCGCCGACUUUCGGUGUAGUCAGCCGGAGUUCUGCAUACACCAGGAUCUGUUGUGCGACGGAGUAAACCACUGUGCGGACGGAUCGGACGAAGCCGUGGGUUCACUGUGUCCGGCACCGAACGAGUACAUCAGGACAAUCUUCGGAGUCGAUCUGACGUGGAUCAUCCUGAUUGGUGUGAGUAGUCUGGUUGUGUGCGGGUGCAUCGUGGGCAUGACCAUCUGUGUCUACCUGCGGAACUCGCGCCCUGGAGGAGUGCCCAAUCAGCUUAACUCAUCGAUACAAUUGAAUCAGAUGAUAGAAUCGAACGGUUCGUCGAAGCAUAUGCAUGCAACACUGCCGCGGGAAACAACAACGCUACCUGCUUCGGGAAACUUGCAUCACCCUGCGGGACCAUUAGGGUACCUCCGCAUUCCACACAAAUUGAUGGCCAAAGUCCGUCCCAUUUGGUGCCUGGCAAAUUAAGACAAUUAGGUCCGGAUUUAUCGCAGCAAACCUCACAGAAAGACGAGUGGUUUGUCUAGAGCUAGACAGGAAACACAUAGAGCAACAAAAAUGAAAAUCACCAAAAAAUGUAAAGGAAAUUCUUGCAAACAAACCAACGUAACGGAAACAAUCGCCAUCAUUAGUUCGAGCUGAGAGCAGAGAAGGAGGGAAGAAAUAAAUAACAAACAAAAAACACAACAACGUGCAGCGGAAAACAACAGCAGAAGAAACAGCGGCAUAACAUCAGCAUCCAAAAACCAACAGAGAUAGCAGCAAGAAGAUCGGAACGAGCACUCAUUCGGGAAACAACUAACAACAGCGGAAUCUGAAAAUCACGAUCAUCACGCGAAACGCUUGUGAAAUUUUUCUUCUUACCACAAAAACACACUCAACAAUGCAUCUUAUUUCACGUCAGAAAAAAAGAAAACAAAAGCUUCUGAUUGCACCUUUCGAUCAACACAAGCGAUGAGAAGUUUAGAAUCGACGAGGAGUGGGAAGAGAAACUCAUUCGAGCCACGUGAGACGAGCAUCAUUUGUGAGAGCCAGCGAAAAGAACAACAUGCAGAAGAACGAAACGAAGGCAAGGGGAUUAGCAAAAUUUUACCAGCAAAAAAAAAGAAAAUGAGGAAACUCUACGAAAAGCAAAAACCAAAAUCAUCCAUUCCGAAUAACAAACAAAUCAUACACAAUUGGAGAACAAUUUUUGGCACUAUAUGAAGACUGUCUGGUUGGUCAUCAAAAACCGCGCAGGGUGUAUAUUCAAAAGGGAGUAUCAGUGUACCCAACAUCUAGCAAUUACUUGUAAAUAGCAAAACAGCAAAAACAAAUGCACUAUAAAUAGGAUAUAAAUACAGGAUGGAAGAACAGUGACCGGUUGGGUGAAUGUUUGACAGCAUGAUUGAAGGCAAAUGAACGCUAGUGAUGUAACAAUAGAUUCGUCUAAUUUACAAAUUAUUUGUAAGAUAAUGUCAAGAAGAAAAAAAUGAGAAAAAAACCUAAAAAACUAAACAAAUUUUACUGUUAAUCUAUAAUGUAGCAAAUAUAGCGAAAUUGUGUCGAAGCAAAGUGGGAAGGGUGCAAAAACGGUUCGCGCUGCAAAGGUGACAUAUUAAAAAUUUACUUGCAAAUAUCGACCAUUUUAAAGCGCAAUGUGAACAGGAAAGGAAUCUAGCUGGAGUAAAGGGAACUACUUCAAUAACAUAAUUGACAAAUAAUUUAUAUCUAUUAUCACAGGAAUUUUUUUUAACAAACUUGAGAAAAAAGUAUCAAAUCUGGUUCGUUCUAUUGAUCCAAAAAGUUCUAGUCGAGUAGAAAAUUUCCCUUACUGCCAUCAUUAGGGCGAUUGGUUUUUUAUAUCUGUUGCUGGAGGAAGGCAGUGUCCGUAUAGAUUUGUGGUGACAAAGAAAACCGAAUCAAUGGGAAAGAUAGAGGGCGUGAACUUGUAAUUAACCCGCCAGUCGAGGAUGCAGCUACUGGGAAAUCAAUCUGUUCGAGAGUGAUGGGGGGAGGGCGAGAAGAAAACUAAUUAAAUUCAAAUAAACUUUUCAGUUAUUCCACUGACGCAAACAUGCAAAGCAAAACGAGGUCCGCUGAGCACUGCAAUUCUUAGUAAAGUAAAAGUACUUUUUACCCAGAUCGCCAGAGGCGAGAAUGUGACAAAUAAGAAGAUUAUGUGAUGGAAAACGAACGUUUUUCUACACAUAAUAUCGUUGGGUGAAAGAUGCGGGUGGUAUUGAAUAGGAAAUAGUUUUACGAGGCACUGAUGUUUAGACAGGUCGUACCACAGCUUGAUAAUAGAGACGAUAGUAAUUAUUUCCUAUAGAGCACAGUAGGAAAGUAUUGGAAUUGGCGGAAAUAAGUUGAAGCAAGAUAGCACGAAAGCAGCAGAUGUUUUUAGUCGAAUCAAAUAAGUUUUUAUUUAGCAAUAACGCGAACAUCUCUUGGCAGAUUUAAAGUUGUAUCAUUUACUAGUUAACUGCAUCCGCUGUCAUGUAAGGCCAAUAAUGUCAAACGAAAUCCCGUUCACAUUUUCAUAGAAAUUCAAUUGAACAUCUACACUCAACCGAAAAACUACCUAAAAUUGAGUACUUUUAACUCAAUCUCGGGGUAUCGUGCAGGAAGGUUAAAUUAGGUAAACCGUGUUGAAGGUAGUUUCCAUUUAACUACGGCAAAAAUCAUAACUCAUUGAUAAGUUUUUUAUACUCAACCUUGAGUUCAAUUUACUUAAAUUUAAGUUGAAUUUACCUAAUUUUAAGUAUACCCCAAACAACUCAAAAGUACCUUACUGCAAAAAGACCUCGACUGAGUCGAAUCUCUCAUUUUAUUUUUGACAACACUAAUAAGUGAGAAAGCGUCACACAACUCAAAAGUAAGAUAAUAGAACUUAUUCUUUAGGUUAUUUUAUUUUUGCGUCUACGAAAGAUAUUUUUAAUAUACGGAUGCACUUGAAAGGUUGAGUUGUACCGUUGUAGAAUUAUUAUUAUUCAUUAAAAGACACUCGAAAAUUAUUCUUCGCUGGAAUUGGAAAAUUCUAAUCCACGGUGUACUGCAUCAGUGUAUUUUAAUCAUUUUCGUUUAAUCUUAAACAGGUUAUGAAGAUUUUUUACAGCGUCUUUCUAGGGUUUCCAGCUCUAGUGGAACUUUGACCCGAAUAUUUAUUCUGAUCGAAGCAAGACCACCGACGAACCGACAUGACAGAGGCAUUCGAAAAAUGUCCCAUACAAAAUAACGAUUGUUUUGAAAUGAAGCGAUCAAUACUCUCAAACUACGACAGAUCGCUCCGCCAUGUUCGAAUCUGGGCAGGCUUCUCGAUAAGUAUAUUGAUAUUACAGAAGGUGUGCAAUUCCCUCAGCUACGUAUGUAGUGGUAAUAUGCAUCAAAAUCGUAUUCAGAACUCAUUGAAAAUGCAUGUAUUCUGUUACUUUUUUGCUUGCAAUGGACAGUUUUGUUAAAUAGUACAUACAUAGGAUAAUGAAAAGCUAGAAAAAUGGUCUUCAACAUGCCAAAAAAGGUUUGUUCGUUCUAGCAUACCUGGUACAACGUCGAUACACCUUGGUUUUUGCGUACUGUUGUGUUAUCGACGAAGACUACCACGCAAACCAUGAUACAGAUGUCGCUAGUGUAACAACAUAUUUUAAUUUAAACAAUUAGGACAACAUCUGACGCAUUUUUUGUUCCAUGUGGCACGUCGGUUCAUCGGUGGCAAGACUUCAAAUGCAACAUGAGUAUGGUUUCAGACCGAAUUUUAAUUCUAAGCAAUUUUUUUCAUCACUUUAACUAAAGUUGAAAAAGCAAGUUUACUUCUUUCAUUCGCCAGUAACUCGUCAGAGUAACAAAUCAACACUGGGUGAAAAUUUCCUAUUUUACUCACAAUCACCGUAGUGUGCAAUAUUUUGACAAAGUAUAAUGCUCACCAUUAAUCUGAGCUGAUUAUAUGUAGCUAUAGAUUUAGAUGGUUUUGGGCGUUUGUAAGCACGUCAGUCAGACGUAGAAUUUCGAUUCCCCUGCUAACCGUACUGAAAAAAAAGGACCAGCCACUCUCGCUGUGACUGAUAACUUGAAUGAACAAGAACCCAGAAACUUGUAAUCACGAUUACAAAGUAGAUUCCAACAAAGGAGUUAAUCUCACUCUCAGCUUAGGAUCACUGCAGGAGUAGCCAACCACACCGCAGGGAGAAUCCGAUUGGUGUUGAAGAAAUUGAAGUAAAACCCGUAGACCUGGAGAUCGUCCAAGAAAACUAGUCUCCAGGUUGAAGCUAGAGGGGUGGCAACUCUACGUUUUUCUUACAUAUAUAACAUUAUCGAAAGAGUGGAAUCAAAAUUCAACAUUAUAGGGAUUAUAAAAAACGUGCGGAUGAAUUGAGAAACGAUGUAUUCUAUUUAUUAAAUCCUUCCUACGUAAAAUGAAAACAUGCUCGUGAUAAUCAUUUCCCAACGUUUAAAAGUUUCCAGCCGAGAACAAACAAUAUUUUCUGUUUGCUCAAAUAACGGGUAUCCCACAGAUUGCAUCCACCGCCAGAGUAGCUGUUUCCUCUGGAGUAUUUUUCCUAGCAUAAUUAGUCGCUUAUUCUAACGAUUUCACUUGAAGCUCAUCCGUGCUGGCUCAUUAGUAUUAAUUAGUCAACAUUGCAAUUCGUCGAAUUUGCUUUCCUUUUUAGUUCAGUCCGUGGGAUAAACAUUUCCUUGAAUGGUGAAGAUUAUGGUGCUACUGGGGAAAAAGCAAGAAAAGCCACCGUCAUUAGGUUUUACACCAACCGAAAUGUCCCGCAAAAUUGGGUUCUUUACUGACACAGUUAACCUUACUUUUCUCGACAGUCCACUAGUACUGUUUACAUGGACUUAGAAAAAUUUUGUGGAAGACUAGAUUUGUACGAAGAAAUUCGCAAAAAAAUAGUAGGGGACGGUGGGGAGUUAUGAACAAUGUUUUGUCUUCGGGGUAUAACUACCAUAAACAUCGAUCGAUUGUCAAUAAUUCAACUGGUAUUUGUACAGGACACCUUAAUACAUCCACAUUUAAGAUAUGGCAGAUUGCGUGAAAUGCGUGGAAUCGGCAUUUUUUAUUUUGGUGGGGAGCUGUGAACCAUCGCAAAAACUGGGACAAAAUGGAAUAUUCUAAUUUUUUUAAAUCUUUUUGUCGGUUCUGACAGUAUAAAGUAACAAGUUACUUUACGCUUGUCCGGACAUGUCGUAGACUCAGGUGAUUCGCAUUUCUAAUGCCUUGACCCCUACGGUAGCAGACAAAGGGUUAAAUCGCCGGUAAACUCUAAGCUUGCUCAUAUGACCCUUCCACGCUUUUCUAAACUUUCUCCCUUCAACUCCUUGCUCCCCCUUGAGUACUAUGGCUCUUAAUAUUGAAAAAUAUACUUCACCUUUCAGUCCCCUGCCAAUUAAAUGCCGUAACAACAGUUGGUUUAUAAAUAAGUAACAAAUACAGCGGCGGCGUAUACCAGCUUGAAAUUUAAAAAUAAAACGCUCUGCUGGGGGUGUGAUUAUUUCAGUUCCAGUUCUACUUUUAAACUCCUACAUAAAAUGAAACAGCGCUGAGCAUGCUCUUAAUCAUCAUCUCCAGCUCGUGUCUUUGCUGCACGAGAAAUAAUUCAAUAUUAAUUCAUCAAAAGGGCGAAAUUGUUUUUUGUAAACAAACUUGAUUCGCUCACUAGUCUGCUGCAGUGUGGAAUUUCAUGUAAAAUAUGCGUUUAUGUAUAUUUUUACCCUUCGUAGAAGUAAUUUCAAUUGUUUUCUGCUUUGAAAAUAUAGUAAAUUAAGAGAAACCAUCAAAAUAAAAGUUUGUUUACAAAUCUUAUUCGCCCUUUUGCAAAUUUAGUAUGGAAUUAUUUGGAAAAGUAGAUUCGCGAUCUAAAGCUGAAUGUAGACCGCAAGAUGGCACGAAAGUGCAAUGAUGAUGUUUUUAUUUUCAUCUGUCAAAACGCAUAGUUUACACUAAAAUGAAAUUCAGAGAUUGAAAUCUCGAUAAAAAGCACGAUAGUGCGCGAAAAUCACUGGAUUAAAGAGUGCGGGUAUUGAAAGUCGAGGUUAUCCACUGAUAAAUCAAAUUUCUAAGUAAACAUUUUCCUAUCUAAAACGACCAACCCAAUGUUUAUCUUAAAAAUAUUAAUGAUAUAGGAUUCCCGAGCAAACGAAAAGCCCAUAAUACCCCCAUGCUCAUGGGGUUUGAAAUGGGUUCAACCCAUGAAAACAUCAUCACCAUGGUCCGGUAGAUCCUAUAUAAAAUACCAUAUGAUGGUAUUUUAUAUGGGUUACUGAGACCCAUAUAAAAUACCAUCAUAUUUUUAAGGGACUAUGUGGUAUUUGAACCACUGAGUUUUUGCUCUGGUGGUUGUUCGAUUUUAAUAGUUUCAAGAGAAACGUUACAUAGUUUUACAAAAAGUUUAAUUACAUAAGAUAAGAAAACACUCGUUCUUUCGUUUGACACCAAAACAUUUAGUCGGACUCGAUAUUUUAUUGCGAAUUAUGGAGAUCCAGAAUUAUUUUUGUAUUGUUGAGGUUAGGUUGGUUGUUUUAGAUACGGAAAUUGGAGUUAUCAUGAACAAGAAAUUUACCAUUUAGUUAUUUUUUCUGAGGUAGGAAACGUAGGAACGUUUCUUCAUCAAUAUUUUUUUAUUGAAAGAAAUAACAUUUAAUUAUAAUAUUGAUUGAGUGAUCAUGAGUGCAAUUUCCGUGUCUCGGUAUGAAGCGGUGUUUCUUUGUGCUCAUACCGAAGGAUUUAAAAUGCCUCGCGCUUGGGUCGUAAAGCAUGUGGAACUGGUUUGUACCUGAACUAUGCGGAAAAAGGGCUAAAUAGAGUUGAAAAAAUGUUUUAUGAAUACCAUAAUUCGUCGUAGCAUGAAAUAGUAAAAAUAUGAAUAUAUGUGUACCUUGUCUGAAGUUAUCGUCUGUACGCUACAUAUUAUAUUGUCCAACUCGUACGAUACGACUACAAAACACGAUCUGAAAUAUUUUCAAAGAGACAAUUGAUGUUUUGUAAACUACAGUUCAUAGUCAUCCAAUAGAGCGGUGUUAACAACACGAUAAUAUGCUCGCUCGACGGCCGAAUAGUACGGAUCCAUCAUGGCGUAGAUUAUUGCUGGUUGCACAGCGUCCUUUAUCACCGUUACUCGACGUAGCCAUAUACUUUACGCAAUUAGAUACAAAUUACUGCGUAUAUUUUGGAUCAGACAACAAAAGAAUAUAGUUAUUUCGUACAAUGGGACAAAAGCUAUUCGCAUUCAAAAAGUGAGAAAGCAUUCCAGCAGAAAGUUUUGAAAGAGUGGCCCUAUAUUGAAACCUUACCAGUAUUCUACAUCAAAACAGGUUGGAAAAGAAUCACUGAAACGGUUGAAAAGGAGGCUGGGAAAAAAUCAGCUCCCAAAGCGACCAUCGUUACACCCUCUGUUCCACGCUAUUUCAUCUCAUUAUUCAACUAUUUCUAGUUCCGCUGCGUGCAUUAACAAUAGAGAUUUCUCUAGAAAUAGCUAUCGAUUAGCGACCCAUUAAUAGUCAGAACAUGACGACAAGAAGUGCAAUGGAGGCAUGUUGCCAUUCAACAGCACAAUACGGACUUGCGAAGGUAAAAUGAAAUUGAUGAAAGUUUCGUCAUUUGCUAAUGCUAGCAAUUCCACCGAUACAAAUUGGAUGGGCAGGUACGAUAGCACAAAGCUCAUACAUGAAUUAUGAGGACUGGUAAAAGUAGCUUCACAAUGCAGCUUGAUAUUUCCUCAUUUAUGGAUUGUCAAGUCAGCAUACGAAGUUUUGCUCCUUUGAAUUAAAACAUCUGUAUGAAAAAUUAUAACCAAGCCGUAUGCAAAAAAAAAAAAAACGAUCGAAAAUUAACAACACCUCCCCCUUCCCUAUUUCGGGCAAAACCAUCAAUGUGGAGCACCAAAAGAAUACUAAAAGUUCGUCAAGAUAAGCUCAGAAAGGUAUUCGGUCAAAGCAAAACCAAGUAACGUUACUGACGACAAGUCUUUUAUGAAGGAUUUCCGCAUCUAUAUGCCCGCUCAUUAAGUUGAGAUCAACGGUGUGGUCACUAAAGUGGGACACGGCUAUAUGAAAAAAUAAGCUUCGAGCAACUUUCUGGAUUCCAGUCGGGUCCUAGAUUAACUGUGCAAAUUCUAAACUCGAUCGAUGAAACUAUAUUGUUGCGCCCACGGUUUGAAAUUUACAUGGGAUUUCAUAUGAGGAAAUCGACUUUUACUUCUCUUAUUUUCACUUUUCAUCGCAUACAAACAUCCAAUACGUUGGUCCGGUAGCUAGAUUUGUCCGAUUUGGCUCAAAUUUAGAGCAGACACUCCUGAUGGGUCUAGGUAUCGAUACAGGGAUGGUCCGAUGUCAUUUUUUUCUUGACCCUUGUCGUGAAAGGAUCUAUUCCUAAAUUUGAGUUAUGUGUUAAAUAUAAAAUUUCGAUAAUUUGUUCAAGUUUAUAAUAAUCCGCGGAUUAAACGGUCGUAUUGAUCUGCUUCGAAAAUUUUUAGCUACAAUUUUGAAAAAAACUACCGACUUAAUUUAUCUUGGCAAUAGUCUUAUCUAGCUGCUAUUGAGCCGAUUGACGUUUAAAUUUAUAGAAAAACAAAUCGUUUACAAGAAAAAUUUGAAGGCAAACGCAUAUUUUCAAGGCUUAUGCGAAAGGCGAUACUAUAAAAAUGAUUUCUGAGUUCUCUGUUGAUGCAAAGAAGGCUAUAACUCGGCAGAACAAGUAAGGUGUGUAGAAAAAUGUUAUUGGAAAAAAAUUGAAAAUAAAAAAUAACUUACAUUAACCCUAUAUGCACCAGUUAGUUGCUCCUCGGCUAGAAGACAAGAACCAACAACAAAUUUGGGACUGCAGUAUCACACAACAAAAUGCAAGCAUAUUUAUAAAUAUACGGAACACACACACAUACGAGCGCAAUCGGAAAGCAUCUGUAACUGUAGAUCAGCAUUAUUACAACUCGGUGGGAUGUUUUCACCAAAAUUCUAGACUUGUAUACCAAAUAGGAAAACCAACAAUAACAAAACAAUAGAGCAGCGAUCACUAAAAAGUACAAUCGAAAUUUACUCACACAAACGCAUACAACAAAGCAAUGCGAGAGUCGUCAUUACAACUUCUAGCAUCGUGUGUAGGCUUAUAAAGAGCAACUAAAAUCGUAUUUGUCAUGUUCAUUCUUUACACUAUCUGCAUUGUCGCGCGUAAAAUAUCUCAGAAAAAUAGGACAAAUAAUCUUUUUGGUUGAUUCUCAUGGAAAUAACAUUUCCUACGAAAUAAAUUCAUUUCGUUCACGCUUUCCACCAUUCUUCUUAAUUAGAGAAAGGCUGAACAUAUUGUAUUUAUAGAAUUUUUACAACAAGUUUAAGCUGUCUCUACAUUCAGAAAGAAACAAAACCAGAAUACAGAACAAAAAAAUAAACAGUAGACAUUUUAUUACUAUUAUCCGCUUGAAGCUUGAAUAGAAAAGAAAACGAAACAAUAAUCUAUUGACCGGAACAAACACGUGCGGCAUGACAUGCCAUUAUAGUUGCAGAAGUAUUAAGUAAUUUAGAAUAACGCUGAGCUACUUUUAUUAGCUAAAAAGGCAAAACAUUCAAAUUACUAUCGUGAUCAUAUGACAUAACAGGCACGCAUAGAAAAACCAACUCUAAAGUAGCUAUGUAUAUGUGAGAUGCACUACCAGCCGAAUCGGACCGUGUUUACACGUGUGUGUGCAAUGCUGAAGUUAGAUAUCGUAAAACGCUUGCAAAACAGCUUUGAACAAAUCGAUGACAUUUUGCGCUAACUAUGACUGUUUAGACGUGUUUAUUUCGCAAGAUAAUAACAAAACAGAUAUACAUAUAUCGGUGUUGCCAACUUGGAUGUACUGUGAAAUAGAAGAAAAAACGAACUUUCAUCCUCAUUUGAAAACAGCAGAUUUGUAAAUAAUGAAUAGAGAGCUGACUAUUUGACGUUCGAAUUUCGGCCAGACUUUCCAGCAAACGGAACGAAACGUAAGUACAUACAGACGCACAAAACGUGGCGCGAGUAAUUGUAAAACAUUUUCAACUGUCAUCAAUUUACUGUGACAAUAGUAAACAGAUAAGGAAAAAAGUACACACACAUACACUUACCCACUCACAUAGAUUUUAAAACUGUAACAACAUAAUCAAGGAGGAUCAAUUUUGAACUGAACUUUUCCUCUAAUGAAGAGAACAUUCACUUAUCAUGUAAACAGAACAAUAUCCAAGUUUGAUAAACAAUUCUCUUCCCUAAAACAGUAACACUACUUUAUUUUAAAUGAUUCCCUUAAAAUCAGACAAACGAAUCGGAAACAAAAAAAACUAUAACGAUCCCUUGAUUGGAAGCAAAAUGUCACAUAUCCAGAUACGAGAGACCAUACCGAGGAGAUCGUAUAUCACGAGCGACUUGAUCCCACGAGGUAAUGAAAGCAAAUAAGGCAAAUUUCAGUCACAUAUCGUCUUAGGUUUUAGAAAAUUCCCCUGAGGGUUGCAGAACUGAUUAAACGAAUAAAAAGCAGAAAUGGUAGAGAGCAAACCAAUUGUUUUGGGAGCGAAUGAAAUCAUUGAUUCGUCUUCUAUUUUUUUUUAGUGGUAAUGUUAUGAUACACAAUGGCGAUAUAGGGCAAAUUAGCUGUACUUAGGACACUUAUUUUAGUGGCAGCGUAGUAGAAAUUUUGAUUGUAUUCGAAUUCUAAAUUUCCAUUUUUUUUCGUAGAGGAAUAAACCGCAUUUUCACCCUUUUAUAGAGCAAAAAGUAUGUAGCGUGCAUAGUUUGUUCGAGUCAGGGAAACCUGUGACAAAAUCUUCUUUGACAUCCGAUAACCCUCAAUCGACAAAAUUGUGUUCCAUUUACACUUGACAAAUUUUCUGCGUGUAGUCGUUUUUGCAGUAUUUUUCAAAUCAUGAAUAUCAUUCACCGAAAGCAUGAGAAACUCUAGGAACCAAACAUACUUUUCCCCAAUCUAAACAGGAACUAGAGAUUUACCCCGGUGCUUCUAAUAUAUUCUCUCCUCCCUUGUGAGAUAGUUUAGCAAUACACGUAUCGGUAUGAAGCCCAUUUUACAAAAAAAACUAAUUAUAGUAAAGCAAACAAUACUCUAUACAUGUAUAUUGACAAACCUAUAUUAUGGAUACAAAUCUAAGCAAAUACAGAGAACAACCCUGAGUAUAUAGAAGAAAAUAGAAAUCUCUACAAUCCCGGGUAUGACGCCAUGUAUACCUAAAAAUUAGAAUUUUUAAUCGUCAACCAGAAAAGCAACCUAAAAUAAUAAAACAAUCUAGUGACGAAAUAAUUAUAGCAAAAUCCAUUAUACUGCAUUGUUUGAAGCUUUUAAUUUGACUGUACAUAUUGUAUUGAACGUUGAACAUGAAAAGUCGAAUUAAUAAAGCAAACAACAAUAUCGUCAAUAAGCUAUAUAUAAGAGGAGGACUACCCAUGUAAAAGCAUUCAAUACAAAAACUAUAGAACACAAAUUAUAGGAAAUUAAUUACAACUAAAAAGGAAGCAAGCAAAAACUUACUGUAAUAUUGUCCGUGUGUGUAUGGUAUAAAAAACUAAAAAUAUAUAUAUUUUAUCAAGUACGAUAAAUCUACGUACGAGUAAUGGAAAACUGAUAAAUAUCAAUUAGCCAAGCGAACGGAGAAAGAGCGGAAGCAGCAGCAGCGAAGCGAAACAAAAUUGGAAAACAGUUCAGCACGAUUGGGUGAAGAAGCAUUUUUUGUAUUGUAUGAGCAUAUAGAACUAUUAAGCAAGCAAAAUAGAUGAAGCAUAAAAGCAAGUAAGGCGCAGUAUAUAGAUGUAAAGAUACAACGCAGAAUUUCGAACUGAAGCAGUUUAAUGGAAAUGAGUGUGUAAAAACAGAAGAAGGAGAAUGAUAAAAGAUAUAAACUAUUGAAAUAUAAAGACGAAAACAAA